AUGGUUAUCACAGACACGGGACCUGAUGUCAUGGUUAACAGAGACACGGGACCUGAUAUCAUGGUUAUCACAGACACGGGACCUGAUAUCAUGGUUAUCACAGACACGGGACCUGAUAUCAUGGUUAUCACAGACACGGGACCUGAUAUCAUGGUUAUCACAGACACGGGACCUGAUAUCAUGGUUAUCACAGACACGGGACCUGAUAUCCUGCUGAUCACAGACAUGGGACCUGACAUCAUGGUUAUCACAGACUCUGGACCUGACAUCAUGAUUAUCACAGACACGGGACCUGACAUCAUGAUUAUCACAGACACGGGACCUGACAUCAUGAUUAUCACAGACACGGGACCUGAUAUCCUGCUUAUCACAGACACGAGACCUGACAUCAUGGUUAUCACAGACACGGGACCUGAUAUCCUGCUUAUCACAGACACGAGACCUGACAUCAUGGUUAUCACAGACACGGGACCUGACAUCAUGAUUAUCACAGACACGGGACCUGAUAUCAUGCUUAUCACAGACACGGGACCUGAUAUCAUGGUUAUCACAGACACGGGACCUGAUAUCAUGGUUAUCACAGACACGGGACCUGAUAUCAUGGUUAUCACAGACACGGGACCUGACAUCAUGGUUAUAACAGACACGGGACCUGAUAUCAUGGUUAUCACAGACACGGGACCUGACAUCAUGGUUAUCACAGACACGGGACCUGAUAUCAUGAUUAUCACAGACACGGAACCUGUAAUCAUGGUUAUCACAGACACGGGACCUGAUGUCAUGGUUAUCACAGACACGGGACCUGAUGUCAUGGUUAUCACAGACACUGGACACGGGGCCUGA